GGUAUCACAAUUGAUGCCUCCAAAAACCAGUCACAUGUCAUUUGAAUUCGGUGGAGUUUGGUCACGUCAGUGGCUGGCUGUUAUCGAUUGACCCCAAGGGCGUAUUCCCUGCUCCAUUAUUUGCCCAAUUAGGCCCUAAUUGCUCCAUAAUGGAAGGCAACAAGUUGGAGCUAUCAGAGAAGCCAAGCGCCGACCCGCCGGCCACUUACAAGGCAAUACCUGAAGCUGACAUGGAAGAGGACGCCGUUACUCGACCCAAAAGCCUAGUGAAACCGAACGCAGCCAGUCCGGAGGCCGACGGCGCGGACGAGAAGAUGCUGCCGAAGGAGGAAGUGGCCGAUGCUAAGAUUUCGCCCAACGAGAAGCAAAACGGCGAUGCGAAACUGGACAUUGGCGACCUCAAGACCGCGUUUGUGGGCCUCACCAAAGAGGAGUUGAUGAAGUACGCCAACGACCCGUUUUGGGUGCGUUUGCGCUGGUUUUUGUUCAUCACGUUUUGGAUCUUGUGGGGGUUGAUGCUUCUGGGGGCUGUUAUGAUCAUUCUGGCCGCUCCUAAGUGUAACCCCCCACCACCGAGGACUUGGUGGGAGAAAGGUCCUCUAGUUGAGCUGAAGGAUGAUGCAAGUGAAGAAACAAUCAAGAAAGUUAAGGAAUUGGGAGUUACAGGAGUUAUAAUUUCAUGGCCUGAAAAUGCUUAUUCUGAGUUUAGUGAAGAUCAUGAAUUGAUCAAGUCAUUCAAGCAGUUCAAGGAAAAGGAAAUAAAUGUGGUUGUGGAACUUGAACCUAGUGCAUCCCCUUUGGUUUGGUUCAAUAAAUCUGAAAGUAGGGAUCCUCUAUUCAGUGAAUUUUAUAUUUGGCGUCAACCUAAAGAGGCUAGUAAUGGAGGGGAGCCAACACCCCCAAAUAACUGGCUCUCAGUAAGGAAUGUCUCAUCGUGGAAAUACUCUCCAAAUCGCAAAGAAUUUUAUUAUGCACCAAUGGAUAAGCCCCACCUUAAUUUCUACAACCCUAGAGUUGUUGAAAAAUUCUCUGAAGUUAUUAAAAAGUUCCUAAAUUAUGGCGCAGGCGGGAUUAGGCUUAAAGGAGCUCCCUACCUAUUGGUGGAUCCAAACUUUGAAGACGAACCAAUUAAAAUCCCAAAUCCCACUGGAGAUGGUUUCAAAGAACACAGUUUUUACACGCACCCAAAGACUAAAAAUGUGAUGCAAUUGGGGCCACUAUUAAAACAGUGGAGAUUUAUUGUUAAAAACAUGACAGAAAAUGGGCCAUUUAUGGUAGCUGAACAUUUAAGCAAUAUCGAAGCUUACAAGGUCAACAGCUCAUUUGUUGUUGAUCUGCCUCUUCAAUCGCAUUUAUUGAAUAAACCAAGUGUUAACAUCACCGAUGUUGUUCACGUUUUAAAUACGACAUUUAAUGCUGAUAAUAUCACUUGGCCGUUAUGGAAAGUCAACGCUUCGAGUGAGUGGGAUCUUGUCACUUAUUUGUUACCCGGGACGCCACUGGUGAUGUUGGAAUCGGAAAACAACAAGGAGUUGUUGAAGAUACGAAAUUCACCUUCUAUUAUGAGAGGUUCCUUCUCCUCGCAUUUACUCAACAAUAAGACUGUGUUUGCAUUUACAAGGGUAACUGCUGGUAACCCUGGAAUAUUGGUCGCCUUAAACCCCUCGGACAAUCGCACGGUGGUCGACUUCCCUGCCCAUAUCAAAGGUCUGUCAGAAGAUGUGACUGUUCAGCUGUUUAGCGCUAAUUACAGCGAACCAAAUGUAGCAGUCAGUGUAAAACAUGACGCACAUUCUGUGCCUAUUUCGCCAAAAUCAGCAAUUGUAAUGUCAUAUGUACCGCCAUCUAAAUAAACCUGCAAUUAUUUGAAUAUAAAGGCAUUCCAUUGUCUUGCUUUUAUACUUUGUGUUGAACAGUAAAUAUAUUUCAAAACGCAGCAUUA